UUUUUUUUUUUUUCUUUCCUUUUUCUCCAUUCAUUCUUCUUCGUCUUCUUCAUACGCUCCCUUCCAACUUCUUCUUCUUUUUCUUCUUCUUCUUCUUCUCAUCUUCGUCUCACUCUCGUUGCUUGUUGUUUUUUUCCGAAUCAAAGCGCGCCCGUCGUCAUGAAGCGUCGUCCUGCACACGCGCGCCUGGCGAUCACUGCCUGUUUGCUGGCUUGCAUUGCCUCUGCGUCUGCCAUCUGCGUCGAUUACCCGGACUGCGGCCCAGGCACGGAUUGCACAGACACCAACUGCUGCACGGCCUCGCAGUACUGGUACCCAUACUCAACCUCGGGAUCCUACUGCUUUUCGAGUUGUCCAACUGGAACCUACAACUGUGGCGCCAGGACAUGUUGCGAAUGCGUCUCGCCAUGCGCCAGGUGCACCUCCGCGUCAGCCUGCACAACAUGCGCGACAAAUUACUACCUGAGCGGUUCGGCAUGCGUUUUAAACUGCCCGACUGGAACGUAUAGAAACGCCGGUGUCUGCUCUGACUGCUCUGCUGCUUGCACGGCGUGUAGCUCUUCUGCUAGCUACUGCUCUGCCUGCAACACAAACUACUACCUGACGGGCUCGUCGUGUGUCACUGCAAGCAACUGCCCAACCGGCUACUGGCCAAACGCUGCCACGCGCACUUGCACUGCCUGCUCUUCUACUUGCACGGCGUGCUCUUCUGCCUCCGCUUGCUCUGCCUGCAGUACCAACUUCUUUUUGACGGGCUCGUCUUGUGUUGCUGCGAGCAAUUGCCCAACUGGCACUUGGGCAAACACUGCCAACAAGAAAUGCGACAGUUGCGGGUCUGGCUGCAGCGUUUGUACGUCGGCUACCUCCUGCACUACCUGCAGCACCAACUACUUCCUGUCGGGCUCGUCGUGUGUUUCUGCAAGCAAUUGCCCGGCCGGCACUUGGCCAAACACGGCCAACAAGAACUGCGACAGCUGUGUGUCGGGGUGCGCUACCUGCACGUCAGCUUCUGCGUGCUCGAGCUGCAGUGCAAACUACUUCCUGACGGGCUCGUCCUGCGUUGCGUCAAGCAGCUGCCCAGCCGGCACUUGGCCAAAUACUGCCAACAGGAUCUGCGACAGUUGUGCGACAGGAUGUGACAUUUGCACCUCUACAACCGCAUGCACGUCCUGUUCCUCGAGCCUGUAUCGGCAUCAGGGUACUUGUGUGACAUCGUGUCCCACUGGCACAUACGCAGAUUCCAACAAGCUGUGCCAAGCAUGCCCAAGUGAAUGCUCGGCCUGCAGUUCUCCCUCGACGUGUACGAGUUGCUCGGCCAAUUACGUCUUGAAUGGCGUCCUGUGCAUCAGUCCUGCGGAUUGCCCGAGCAACACCUACCCAACUUCCACGGCGUGCCAAAACUGCAACAGUGCCUGCGCGACUUGCCAGUCGAGCUCAACCACGUGCACUUCGUGCAAUCCCGGCUCGUUCUUGUUCAACAACGCGUGCCCUGCCGCGUGCCCGCAAGGAACCUUUGCCAAAACAAGCACCUGGACUUGCGAUGCAUGCGCCACUGGCUGCACAAAGUGCUCGGGCUCGGCCACGACGUGCUCCGUGUGCUCUUCAGGCUACUACCUGUCGGGCACGACGUGUGCCACAAGCUGCCCCGCAGGCACCUAUGGCAACCCUGCAUCUGGCACGUGCGUCGCCAACUGUCCCGCGGGCACGUUUGUGCAAGGAUCUGUCUGCUCCCAAUGCUCGUCGUGCGCGACCUGCUCCGGCACUGCUACUCACUGCAACUCGUGCGCGACUGGUCUCAUCCUCUACAACAAUGCGUGCUGGUCCUCGUGUCCGACGGGCACUUUCGGGUCAACGUCGUGCACUCCUUGCUCUGGCACGUGUGCCGCCUGCUCUGGCACUGCAACCACGUGCACGUCCUGCCCACCGGCAAAGUUGCUCCAAAACGCAGUUUGCGUCGAUGCGUGCUCCACUGGAUACUACGCAAACCCUGACACUGUGACCUGCAGUCCGUGCACCUUCCCGUGCUCUGCAUGCUCCGCAUCGAGCACGCAAUGUGACCAAUGUGCUCCUGGAUACGAGCUGAAGACUGGUUCCCUCUCCAGUUGUCGGCAGACGUGCGCUGCUGCGCAGUACCAUACAGUCAGUGAUGAUUGCGCCGAUUGUCCAGCUCACUGCGCCGCGUGCGCAGAGAUUUAUGGCAUCUGCUCGCAGUGCCGCCCGGGCUAUGUCAUGCAAUCUUCGCAGUGUGUGGCCUCGUGUGACACUGGGUUUUAUCCUCAGGCGGGCGUUUGCACCGCAUGCAACGCGACGUGUCUCGAGUGCUCGGGCCCCAGCGGAACGGCUUGCACCAGCUGUGCGACGGGUGCCUUCUUGUACAAGUCCCAGUGUGUUUCCAAUUGCACAACGUUUGGGUGGGAAGUGGACGCGGCGCACAACAAGUGCGUCAACCCGUCAGCUCCCGUGUCGUCGGGUGCAACGUCGGUGGCUGCUGUCGCCGGUGGCGCUGCCGGCGCCGGACUGCUGCUCGUGUUGUUGUUGAUUGUGCUUGUACUGGCACGACGCCGGCGCCGCGACCAAGGACGAUCGAUCAGCUCAAAGCAACUCAAAGCGAUGGAAGCGGCUGCUGGGGGAGAAGGCGACAUGUACGUCACACCCAACAUUCUGACGCAGCGCAACGCAGCUCCGGCGCCGGGAGACCCGCUGUACGCUUCUGCAGACUAUUCAUCGAUUCGUGAAGCCGACCCCAUUUAUGCAGUCUAUCAGAAGCCCGCGCAGUCUGCUGCUGAGCAGCCAGUCUACGCUGCAUACGCUGCACCAGCGCGAACAAGUGACGUGUCGGCCAGUGAUAGCGCGAUGGACCAGAACGUGUAUGCCGCGUACAACGCUCCUGGCCUGGCAAAGUCUGGCGCAUCCAAGGGCGACGCCGUCUACGAGACGGCGCCUCCACCGCGCCCCGUGACGUCGGCGGCUCAGCGAGAAGACAACGAAACUGCGGGCAGUCGCGCACAGGUCGCUGACGGUGACAUUGGUCCUUGCUUGGACGUCGAAGGCAUUUACGCUUCAACAAGCGAGGUCCUUGCAGGCUUUGGCGCCAUGACAAUCCCACCCGCGCGCUUGCAAAUCCAGCACCAACUGGGCUCUGGCGAGUUUGGUGUCGUGUGUUUGGCCAAGUGGCAGUGCAAGGAUGGGCAGUCUCGCAGUGUCGCGGCCAAGAUGGUCCGCGCCGACGCCAUGGCGCAGAUGCAAGACGACCUUGCGCGAGAAAUGCGCACAAUGAUCCGACUGAAGCACCUGCACGUGGUUUCCGUGCUUGGCGUGUGCCAACGCCCGGCUGACGAAGGAGGAGCGCUUGCCAUUGUGACCGAGCUGAUGCCGCUGGGCGAUUUGAAGACUUACCUGUCCAAGCACUCGCCGACCAUGGACGUGAACGGCGUCGCUCCUCCCAAGAAUUUGCUCUUGUUCUGCGCCCAGAUUGCGCAGGGCAUGGCCUACCUGGAGACGCAGCGCCUCGUUCACCGCGAUCUUGCUGCACGCAACGUGCUUGUUGCGACGCCCACGUUGGUCAAGAUCAGCGACUUUGGUCUAUCGCGCGACUUCAACACGGACGACAACUACUAUGUGCUGCAAACCCGUGGCGCCAAAAUGCCCGUGCGCUGGAUGGCGCCUGAAUCUCUGCUCUUCCGCAGGUUUGGCUCAAAGAGCGAUGUCUGGUCGUUUGGUGUCACUGCCUGGGAGGUUUUCACCUAUGGCCAGGAGCAGCCAUUCGCUGGAAUUCUUCCCCUUCGCUUGAUUCAACAUUUGGAGCAGGGGCACCGCAUGUCACGGCCCGAGGCGUGCCCGAGUCAGCUGUUUUCCGUCGUGGAGAGCUGUUGGAAGUGGGAGGCGCGCGAGCGUCCUUCCUUUGCCGAGCUGGACAAGACUCUUGCAACCAUGGUGGAAGAAUCAGUGUUGUAAAGUUUUGUGUGUGUGUGUGUGUGUGUGUGUGUGUGUGUGUGUGUGUGUGUGUGUGUGU